UUUGUGAAAGUGAUGGCCAUCUCAUGCCUAACAUUUUGUUCUGAUAAACAGAGAAGGCACUUCUCACAUUUGCAGUGAUAUUAAAUAAAUGAAAGGCAAGAUCUGUAAGGAUUUUUGCAAAUAUAUAUUUUUAGAUCCUUUCAAUUAAUUUGCAAUUCUUAUUUUGCAAAAUGAACACUUUGAUUUGCUUUAAAUGUGUGUAGAGCUUUAAUACAGAGCCAAUAUCUGAUCCACCAGGUGUGUGUGCAAGUGUGCAAGUGUGCAUGUAUCUAAGGAAGUGGUUUACGUAGUGUAUUUUUUUUUUUUUUCCGGAAGUCACUCUGACUUCAACCAGCGUUACUUUUUCAAGAGCACUUCAUUUAUUUUGGGUGACUGUGUAUGCUAAAUCGGGUCUCCUCAUGACAGUCAGGUGGCACAUUUAACAAUGUACCCCACAAUUAUAAUGAAGAGCACAAUGUAUAAAAAAUCACAACAGAAACGAAGAACAUCUCCAUGCAAUUACAAAGAGAGAUUUUUUGUUCUCAACACUCAAGAACUGACUUACUCUGAACCUCGACCAGGGAAAAAGCCCACUUUAAAAGGCUGCAUUGAGCUCUCCCGGAUCAAAUGCGUAGAGAUUGUGCGUACAAAUGCACCCAUACCCUGCAAGUACAAAUACCCCUUUCUGGUUGUUCACGACAGCUACUUCCUAUACAUUUUUGCCCCAGACAAUGACUGUCGUCUCAGAUGGGUCCGCGCUCUGAAAGAGGAAACAAAACACAACAACCUAUCCCCAACCUACCACCCUGAUGUCUGGAUGGACGGGCGCUGGAGAUGCUGUCAUGUGACGGAAAAGUGUGCCAACGGAUGCCAUCCAUGUGGCUCUGUAAAACCCCUUCCACCUACACCCGAUCUACAGCGGCGGUUUUCCGACCCUAAGCAGAGGCUGGUGGUGGCGAUGAAGGACUUUGUUCCCGCGCAGGACCUGGACCUGCCCCUGCACAAGGAUGAGGAGUUCAUACUCAUCGACAGCUCCCAGCCCAACUGGUGGACGGUGCAGGACAGAGAUGGAAACGUUGGGUUGGUACCGUGCACAUAUGUUGCAGAAAGAUCCUGUGACAACUUCACGAGAUUCGCAUGGUACAACAAAGACAUCACCAGGACAGAGGCCGAAGAGCUGCUUUUGAAAGAGGGCAAAGAGGGGUCUUUCAUGGUCCGAGACUCCAGGCAAAGAGGAGUGUACACUGUGUCGGUCUUCACCAAAGCCCCAGGGUCGAAUGGGGAGAAGAACCCUCGGGUCAAGCAUUACCAGAUCAGACAGUCAGAAGAGGAAGGGAAGUUCUACCUGGCGGAGAAAUACCUGUUCAGCACCAUUCCUGAGCUCAUUCACUACCACCAGCACAAUGCUGCGGGGUUAAUCACCAGACUGAGGCACUGUGUGUCGUGGGGGAGACAGGUGUCUGAGGAGCCCUCUGAGGAGCCCUCUUUAGAGACGUUGGAGCUGGACCCAGAGGAUCUGGAGCUGGUGUUGGAGGUGGGCAGUGGGCAGUUUGGGCUGGUGUGGCAGGGCGAGUGGCGAGACCUGAAGGUGGCCGUGAAAAUGGUGCGGGAGGGCGCCAUGUCGGAGGAGGAGUUCAAGGAGGAGGCCCAGGUCAUGAAGAAGCUCUCUCACCCCAAGCUGGUGCAGCUCCUGGGCGUGUGCCUGCACCGCUCGCCCUCGUUCUUGGUGUUCGAGUUCAUGGAGGGAGGCUGCCUGAACAACUAUCUGCGCUGCCACCGGGGGGCGCUGUCUCAGGACACACUGCUAGGAAUGUGCCUGGACGUCAGCGAGGGAAUGGCAUACCUUGAGAGCUCCAACUUCAUCCACAGGGAUCUGGCUGCAAGAAACUGUUUAGUGUCAGAGGAUCUGUCUGUGAAGGUGUCAGACUUCGGAAUGACCAGAUUUGUCCUAGAUGACCAGUACACCAGUUCCCAAGGAACUAAAUUUCCCAUGAAGUGGUCCGCCCCUGAAGUAAUCAAGUACUGUCGAUUCAGUAGCAAAUCAGAUGUCUGGGCAUUUGGUAUUCUGAUGUGGGAGGUGUACACAGAGGGUCGUUUGCCCUAUGAGAACCGCACAAACACAGAAGUCUUGGAGGACCUGAAUGCUGGGAUGAGGCUCCUGAAGCCCAGACUGGCCCCACAGUCCCUGUAUGAACUCAUGCAGUGGUGUUGGAAGGAGGUAUGUUAUACUAUGAGACCCAGUCCCUGUAUGAAGUCAUGCAGUGGGGUUGGAAGGAGGUAUGUUAUACUAUGAGACCCAGUCCUAACUCAUGCAGUGGUGUUGGAAGGAGAAACCAGGGGAUCGGCCUUCUUUUACAGUCUUGUUGCAUGAACUGGCUUCUGUUCUGGAACUCUGACACCACCCUCAACUGGCUUCUGUUCUGGAACUCUGACACCACCCUCCACUGUUGUACAACUUCAUCACCACAAUGUACAUAUUACAACAUGUAAAUAUAUAUAGACAUAUUAUUUAUUAUCAUAUUGUAUAUCCUUAAAAUGUAUGCACUGACAAUUUGUACAGUUUUAAAUGUUUUUAUUUGUUGGAAUUUAAGUUUCAUCUGUGGAGAUUUCUUGUAGUAUAUUUUCACGUGGGUCUCGUUUCAUUUUACAUGCCGAUUGUAUUUUGUUUGGAUUAAGAAACUAUUAAGUUUUGUCCUCUAGGGGGCACACAUGUGCCGUUUGUGCUUUGCAAAAUGCACAACCCAACCGCAGUCAUACACAGUUCUCAUAAAUAAACCACACCAGUGUUAUUUUCA